AUGAUUUUCGACCGGCGUUUCUUCGCCCUGGUCAUCUUACUCUGCAUUGCGGUGAUUCGUGCCAAGGAGACAUCUUCUGAUGAUGAGUUAAACUAUGAAAUGGACGAAGGAGUCGUUGUUCUAACGGAUAAGAACUUCGAUGCAUUUCUCAAGAAAAAUCCAAGCACUUUAGUCAAAUUCUACGCUCCAUGGUGUGGACAUUGCAAACAUUUGGCACCAGAAUACGAGAAAGCCUCUUCCAAAGUUUCCAUCCCGCUCGCUAAAGUUGAUGCAACAGUAGAAACUGAACUCGGAAAGAGAUUCGAAAUUCAAGGAUACCCAACUCUUAAAUUCUGGAAAGACGGGCAAGGUCCAUCUGAUUAUGAUGGAGGUAGAGAUGAAGCAGGAAUAAUUGAAUGGGUUGAAUCAAGAGUUGAUCCAAACUAUAAGCCACCACCAGAGGAGGUUGUUACUUUGACAACUGAAAACUUCGAUGAUUUCAUCACAAAUAACGAAUUAGUGCUUGUCGAAUUCUAUGCUCCAUGGUGUGGACAUUGUAAGAAGCUUGCUCCAGAAUUCGAGAAGGCUGCUCAAAAAUUGAAAGCUCAAGGAUCUAAAGUUCGUCUUGGAAAGGUUGAUGCCACUAUUGAGAAAGACUUGGGAACAAAGUACGGAGUGAGCGGAUAUCCAACAAUGAAAGUUAUCAGAAAUGCUAGAAGAUUCGAUUACAAUGGACCACGUGAGGCUGCAGGAAUCGUCAAGUAUAUGACCGAACAAUCGAAGCCAGCUGCCACGAAACUCACCAAACUGAAAGACAUCGAACGAUUCAUGAGCAAGGAUGAUGUUACCAUUAUCGGAUUCUUCGCAACGGAAGACUCAUCGGCUUUCGAAGCCUUCUCUGAUUCCGCCGAAAUGCUUCGUGAGGAAUUCAAGACAAUGGGGCAUACAUCUGACCCUGCUGCUUUCAAGAAAUGGGAUGCUAAACCAAAUGAUAUCAUCAUCUUCUAUCCAUCCUUGUUCCACAGCAAAUUCGAACCAAAGAGCAGAACCUACAACAAAGCUGCUGCCACUUCAGAGGAUCUUCUGGCAUUCUUCCGUGAACAUUCAGCUCCACUUGUUGGAAAGAUGACGAAGAAGAAUGCUGCUACGAGAUACACAAAAAAACCAUUAGUUGUAGUCUACUAUAAUGCUGAUUUCUCUGUUCAAUAUAGAGAAGGAAGUGAAUAUUGGAGACAAAAGGUUUUGAACAUUGCUCAGAGAUACCAAAAAGACAAGUAUAGAUUUGCUGUAGCUGAUGAAGAAGAAUUCGCCAAAGAGCUUACUGAACUUGGACUAGGAGAUUCUGGACUCGAACACAACGUCGUUGUUUUUGGUUAUGAUGGAAAGAAAUACCCCAUGAGUGCAGAUGAUUUCGAUGGAGAACUCGAUGAAAAUCUUGAAGCUUUCAUGAAACAAAUCAGCAGUGGAAAAGCGAAGGCUCACGUGAAGAGUGCUCCAGCUCCAAAAGAUGAUAAGGGACCUGUAAAGACUGUGGUUGGAUCGAACUUUGAUAAAAUUGUGAAUGAUGAAUCAAAGGAUGUUCUUAUUGAAUUCUACGCUCCAUGGUGUGGGCACUGUAAGAGCUUCGAACCAAAGUACAAGGAUCUUGCUCAAGCAUUGAAGAAGACUCAACCAAAUGUAGUCCUCGCUAAAAUGGAUGCUACAAUCAAUGAUGCACCAAGCCAAUUCGCUGUUGAAGGAUUCCCAACUAUUUACUUUGCUCCAUCCGGAAAGAAGGGUGAACCAAUCAAAUACUCCGGAAAUCGUGAUUUGGAAGAUCUGAAGAAGUUCAUGGCAAAGCACGGAGUCAAGUCGUUCCAAAAGAAAGAUGAGCUAAUGUCCGCCAUCGAAGUUACCGCUGACGCUGCCUCCACCUGGGACUGGCCACUUCAACACAACGACGGAGUUGUCAAGGUCCACAACACUAAAGAAAAGUUCGAAGUUGGACUUGAUGUUCAAUUUUUCACUCCAAAGGAAAUUGAGGUUAAGGUCUCCGGACAAGAACUUCUCAUUCACUGCCGUCACGAGACCCGCAGUGAUAACCACGGAACCGUUGCUCGUGAAAUCAACCGUGCCUACAAACUCCCAGAUGACGUCGAUGUCUCCACUGUCAAGUCUCACCUCGCUACUCGCGGAGUUCUCACCAUCACCGCCUCCAAGAAGGCUUAA